GCAGAGAGAGGCAGACCGGCACCGACGCGAGUCACGCGACGCUCGCUCGGUCGGCCCGCGCACGCGCACCAACUCCCUCGCCUCGCGCCACCCGCCCACUCGGCACUCGAGCGAAGCCAUCCCCUCCGCAGUAAUUAGGCAAGCUUCCUCCUCCUCGCCGGCGGCGGCUGGAGAGAUGGAGGCGGCGGGGGCGGCUGCGCUGCCGCGGCUGUGCGCGCUGCUGCUCCCCUUCCUCGCCGUCGCGACCUGCCUCGACGUCCCAUCCCAUGGGUGCUACUGGACUGGGUGCCAAAGCAAAUGGUUUGGAGUAUGUGCUGCUCGCUACUACUUGAAUUCUCAAUCAGAUGAUUGUGAUGGUCUUUGCAUGGGGUCGAAAAGCCCUCCAUGCCUGCCACUCCACACACAUUUCUAUUGCUGCAAACCAGGAAUACCAAAGGUAACAAACAAGUGUGGACAUUGCAAGAUCAAGCUGGAUUUUGGCAAAGAGUUUAUAUGCUGCUCUGAUUGCUCUGAACCAACCAUUAUGGACAAGAAUACCAAACUGGGUUACUGCAAAAGUGGUGCCGACUUAACAAUGCAAUUAAAACCACAAGAAACUUUUCACUGGGUUGCUGGCCCAUGGAUGAUGUGCUCCUCUCCAUGUGAUGGUGGUAUUCGAUAUCGUGAUGUUGCUUGUUAUGGAAGUCUGGAUGAUAACACUAUCAAACACUACCCUGUGGAUGAUGCUAGCUGUUCAGCAGAUGAAAUGCCUGCAAAACAGGAGGGAUGUAAUCAGCAAAGCUGUGGUGAUCCCGAGACGACACAGGCAAUGAAUCCCAAGAGAAGUGGAAUGUCUGGUUGGUUAGUAGCAUUGAUUGUUUUCCUAGGUCUUGGUGCAAUUGGUGGCAUUGCAUUUACCAGCUACACUUACUACAGGAGGAGAGCCUCUGGGUCGAGUGGUUUCGUGUAUGUCAUGAUGGAAGCUUAUUAUUGAGAGUUUUAUUAUUGAGAGUUGAGGGGACCGGUUGCCUGGAAGUCUGCAAGCAAUCGGAACUCGAGACUGUAGAAAAUCAAUGGAAUUGGAGACAGCCAGUUUGUUCAUUCUUCAUUCUUUGGCGUGCUGUUUUUGUCGUCAGAAAUGCCUUUCAA